GGAUGGCACCGACACCGGCACCGACACCUGCUCCUAGAUCCGCACCUACCCCAGCACCUAGGGCUCCACCGGCGCCAUCUCCUACGCCUGCUCCGACGCCAGCUCCAAGGAUGACACCGACACCUGCUCCUAGAUCGGCACCUACCCCAGCACCUAGGGCUCCACAGGCGCCAUCUCCUACGCCUGCUCCCACGCCAGCUCCAAGGACGGCACCGACACCGGCACCGAUAGCUGCUCCUAGAUCCGCACCUACCCCAGCACCUAGGGCUCCACAGGCGCCAUCUCCUACGCCAGCUCCAAGGACGGCCCCGACACCGGCACCGACACCUGCUCCUAGAUCCGCACCUACCCCAGCACCUAGGGCUCCACAGGCGCCAUCUCCAACUCCUGCACCGACACCUGUGCCAAUGCUCGCACCCACGCCAGUCCCAGCACCCACUCCAACGCCCGCACGCACGCCGGCUCCGACUCCUGCACCGACACCUACUCCGACUUCGGCACCUACACCUGCUCCGACGCCAGUCCCGACACCUUCUCCGACACCUGCACCCACGUCUACUCCGACACCGGUCCCGACGCCUGCACCAACACCUAUCCCAAAGCCUGCUCCCAUGUCCACCCUAACUCCCCCACCAGCGACUCCCCCGCCACCACCACCACCGACUCCCCCGCCACCACCAACACCUGUCCCAAAGCCUGCUCCCAUGCCCACCCUAACUCCCCCACCACCGACUCCCCCGCCACCACCACCACCGACUCCCCCACCACCACCACCACCAACCCAAUCCGUGUGUCCUGCAGGCUUCGAUGACUCGAAGGCAUUUCUAAGCGCCAUCCCAGUGUAUCUAAAGCGCAAUAUCCUUCUUCUCAUUGUCUCCAAAAACAUUGCUGAUGCCAGCCCGGGCACCAGCACCACGAAAUGCUUGUGCUAUUACUCUACGAACCUUUAUUUACCCAUCCCCACCCCCAACGUCAAGGGCCCCAUCGCCUGCCGUCGAGGCUGAACUUGAGCAACAUCCUCGCACGCACAACACAAAUGUGCGCCAAGCUUUUUCUACCCAUACUCACACUACAUAUAUACUAAAUAAGUCGUCGUUUAUGUGGUCAUCUGCCUGCGUGCGGAGACCGAUGAUUCACUAGUAUGGUGCCUACAGGAGCUGGCCUGCUCAUGUGUACUGCAUUUGUGCGACAUGCACGUCCUACGUGCCCUGAAAUUUGAAAUAUUAUUACUGAGUGCCAUUCACAGAACCA